AUGUCCUUUGUAUUUUCUAAUUUUUUUGUACAUGCUGCAGUCUUUAAACAAUCGCUUCUCUUACAGCUUAUGUAUCUAUUUUAUGUUUACAACGGUUACGUGACAUACAAAGUUAGACGUUUCAUAUUGCAAAUGGAAACUUGUAUUCGAAAUAUGCAUCAACUGAAUAUACCGAUGAAUUUGUCAAAGCAUUUUUUACAGCAAUAUUAUAUAAUUUUAUUUUUGGUCUUCAUCUUAAUUGCGAUAAUAAUAAUGGAUUAUAGAUGGAUAAAAUUAUUGGGAAUUAAUCCCGCACUAAUUUUUGGUUUUUUCUAUCUCGAAAUUUAUCCCUUUAUCACAUGGUUAAUACCCGAUGUUACUUUCGCAUUUUGGAUAAGGAUUAUAAAAACAAAAUUUAUUCAAUUGAACGAACUACUGAAAGGUAUGCUUACCACUACCAUCGAUUCCCCGCAACAUAAAAGAAUACUUUGGAUGAGGAACAAGAACAGUAAUUCGCCAUUAUCUACUAUUCAUCAAACGGAUAAUCCGAGCAAAGAUGUUAUCACUAUUAAAAAUGCCAAGGAGAUACAUUUGGAAUUAAUCAAGUGUGCUAGGAAUAUAAACGAUGCGUAUUGA